GUUAAUUAGUUAGUAAGAUAAAAUAAAAUAAAAAGAAUAAAUGCAGAAAAAUAAUAAAAUAUUACUUGUUCACGAAGUAUUAUAUAUUACCGUUAUUACUAAACCCUAAAAUCACAUCCUAUAUAUAACACAGUACUCAUUCAUUAAAUUCUUCACUCUCACUCAUUCUUCGCUCUCACUCAUUCUUUCAAUUCUUCGCGCUCACUCAUUCUUUCAAUUCUUCACUCUCAAAUUCUUCGCUCUCAGUAAAUUCUUCUCACUCUCUCUUAAAUUCUUGCGAUACAAUUCUUGAUUUCUUGCAAGUUCUGUUCUUGCCCUGUUCUUCACUAAUUCCCCUCAGAAUUUAUCGCUUCUUUCUGAAGAAUUUAUCUGAUAUCUCUCUGUUGCAAGAAGGGUUACUGACGAACGAAGGGAUACUGUUCUCUCGCCUUAAAUCAAGGUUGCCCAGAAUUCUAAUUCCCCUCAAAAUUAUCUCUUGUUUCUGUGUUCUCUUCUUGCCCCUCCCUCAGUAUUCUUCAUCGCCAAGGUUACCGCCGUUCCUCCGUCGCAAACGGCUCUGUUUGGGAUAAUUCAUUCUUGAUUUCUUGCGAGUUCUCCACCUUUCAUCGCCAAGGUUGCCGCCGUUCCGCCCGUCAUCCUUCGCAAACGGCUCUGUUUCGGAUAAUUCACUUACGGUUUCUUUUUGCAAUGGCUCUUUCCACUGAGAUUGAUGACCUAGUUCAUUACCAAUUACAAGAGAGUUUAAGAGUCAUUGUGAUUGAUCAUGACAUCACUCGACUUCAUGCCAUCGCGAAUAUGUGUAUUCAAUACAACUAUCAUGUUAUGACAUCCACUUUGGCUUCUUUUGCCCUAAAUCUUUUGAGACAAACAAAGGGUCCUUUUUUUGAUUUGAUAUUAAUUGAUGCUCAAAUGCCGGAUAUGGAUACAUAUGACUUUUUGGAACGUGUUACACAAGAAAUAAAAAUUCCGGUCAUUAUAAUGGGUGUUGAUAACACAACAAGUGAAAGGAUGAAUGGGGCUUGUGAUUAUUGGCUAAAACCUUUGGACCCGAAUGAUAUCAAAAGCAUGUGGCUACAUGUUACAAGAAUUCCACAUGAUCAAAUUCAAAGAGACUCGGAGGUGGUAAAAACCGGACAAAAACGAAAGAAGAGAGAUGAAGAAAGUGAAAAAAAGAUGAACAGAGUAUCAUGGAGGUCAUCACCAGAACUUGAAGAAAAAUUUAUAGGAGCUGUGAAUCAUCUUGGCAUUGACAAGGCAACACCAAAACAAAUUAUUGAGUUGAUGGAUGUUCGGGGUUUGGAAACCUCGCAGGUUGCUAGCCACUUGCAAAAAUUUCGACUUCGUCGUUUCAAUUGUUCAAGUAAAAAGGCAAAGCCAACAAGGGGAAGGGAAAAUUUAAAUGUUCCUUGUGAAAGCAUUCAAGUUGUUGAGUCAAUGCCAGAACAUGAUAAAAAAUCUGAUAACAACUUUCAUGCACAACAACAACAUCCGAUUCCGAUGGUGUUUGAUGAUUUUGAAGUUUCCAAUAUUUUGACUAACAAGACCAACAUGAUGCUAGAUGAUUCAUCAUCACUAUAUCAACAAGGAUGGUAUCCAUUCGAAGAUUUUGGUCCUUAUUUUGACUAACAAAACCAAUGAAUGACUAUGGAAACAGAGUUAAUCUUUUAUACAUGCCUCAGACUCAGUUAUUGCUAACUACUUUGAUCGAUUCAGCCUUUGGAUCAAUCCAUUCAUCAAAGUCAUCGAAAGUAUUCUCACUCCUAUUGUCCAUACCGUUAUCUUUACUCACUAUUUCAAUUUGAUUCAUCAACCCUCAACGAUGGAGGCUCAUCUAUGCCACUGAAUUCUUUACAAUUGGAUAAUUUCUCAGACCUACCGUUGGAUGGACAUUGCUAAGAGUUACAAGGAAUUUAUUACAUAUC